AUGCUGGGCAGACACCAUGAAGCUCGAAUUUCGAAAUCAAUCUACGUGUCAAGGCAGAGAACGACAAGAGAAAUUCGUGGAUUUCUCAGAAGAAGCUUCCAAUGGAUGAGUCGUCGUUUUUUGUUAUACUUGUUGGACAGAGCUAAGAAAAUCGGGAGUAGUGCUUUGGCGAAGAUCUCGGCUGCCUAUCAAACAGCAAACGAAGGAAUUUCAACCAUCGGAGCGUCUUUUGUGUCAAACAUCAUCAAGUCAAAAAGAAGAGAGGAAAGCCUGCUGAAGAAAGAAGUAGUGAAGGUGACUAUGGAGGAUGUGCAGAAGAUCACAAUGUUGGCAAUGAAAGAAGACAGUCCGGAGAGGGAUCGAGAUGCGUUGCUGGCAAUUCUAUCGUUCAAUGUCAUGCUAAGAGCAUCGGAAGCAGCUGAGAUCAAGUGGGCAGGAGUAACACAGAAGGACGGGAUGAUUGAGGUGCAUGUAGAGAAGGCAAAGAAUGAUCAGUUGAGACUCGGAAGAUCGUCGUUCUUCAACUACGAGCCAGGCAGUGAUGCGGACAUCUUGAUGUGCCGAUGGAGACUCCGGACCAAAGGAAAGUGCCCAUACGUUUUUUCGCAUCUGGACGGCUCGAAGAAGCUCUCGAAACAAGCCAUUUCGACGCUCUCGACGAAGAUGCUGGCAGCGAUCGGGAAGUCGGGAGCGACUCAUCACUGUUUCAGAAGAGGAGGAGCCAACCACAUGAGGAGAAUCGGGCAUUCAAUGGAGGAAAUUCAAUGCAGAGGAAGAUGGAGAUCGGCGGCAGGACUUCAGCGGUAUCUCACUGAUGUUCCAACAGUUCAAGGAUGUCUACAGUCUCAGGCAGAAUCAGAUGACGAGGAUGACGAAGAGAAAUAA